AUGUCAAGCGGCGCCAUCGAGAAAAACCUGGUUUCCAUUGCUCGUUGCCCCGGUCCCGAGCUGCGCGUUCUCGACCGGCUGAUUGCACGGCUGAUGGUGCACGUCGAAGUCAAUGUCGUCCGUUCAAGCCGUCCAAGGAAAGUAAGUGUAUCCCCGUCGUCUCGCUUCGGCGCCAUGCUUGAGCUUAAGGCGAGGCACAAGCUCGUCUUUCUAGUACGGCACCAGCGAGAUGCUACGGCCGCCUCUCCCUUGCAAUUCGCCAUGGAGAUCACCUGUAAGCGGUCGUUAUUGCCACCCAGCGCGGUUCUGCCAAGAUGCCUUUCGAAGUCUUUGGAGCUCCUGAAACAUUUCGCGAGGCUUGGCGGGGUAAGAAUAGGAAGAAGAAAUAGCAAUGUCGAGACCGUCGUACGCGUCAUCGAACCCAGGAUUGCGUUCGUCGCAGAGGUUUAUCGCGUCUACUGGUCGAAGCUUCGCCCCAUCCACUAA